UGUCCCUUGGACACAGCGGAUCAUGGAAAGAGCCGAAGAUGUCGGCUCGGUCAUGUGAUCAGCUGUGUCCAAUCACAGCUGAUCACAUGGGACAUGUACACUGAUCAUCAGUGCCCUGAUGAUCAGUGUGGCCCCAGAAGUGCCACCUGUCAGUGCUCAUCAGUGCCACUGCCCAUCAGUGCCACAUCAAUGGCACAUAUCAGUGCAUACCAGUACACAUCAAUGCCACAUAUCAGUGCCCAUCUGAGCUGCCUUUCAAUGUCACCCAUCAGUGCCAGUCAGUGCCACCUAUCAAUGCCAAUCAGUGCCACCUAUCAGUGCUGCCAGUCAGUGCCACCUAUCAGUGCCAGUCAGUGCCACCUAUCAGUGCCAGUCAAUGCCGCCUAUCAGUGCCAGUCAGUGCUGCCUAUCAGUGCCGCCUAUCAGUGCCAUAUAUUAGUGUCAUGUAUCAGUGCUGCCUUUCAGUGCCCAUCAGUGAUGCCUGUCAAUGCCUAUCAGUGCAACCUACCAGUGCCUCCUCCUCAGUGCCCAUCAGUGCCACCUAUCAGUGUCCAUCAGUGCAGCCUAUCAGUGCCCAUCACUGCAGCCUCAUUAGCGCACAUCAGUGAAGGAGAAAAAUCACUUAUUUACAAAAUUGUAUAACAAAAACUAAGAAAAAACUUUUUUUUUUCAAAAUUUUCAGUGGUUUUUGGUUUGUUUAAGAAAAAAAUAA